GAUCGCGUUGCUUGGAUAUAACUCAACGCAUGGAAUAAAGACGUAAAUUUGCAUCGAUACAGACUGGACGAAUCAAGCCUGAUUGCGCGCUUGAGAAAAAUCUAUGCGCAUUUAAAGCUUCCAUCUCUCGAGCGCCAAUUUCGUUGUUUAGAACUUUGAUAUACCACUGUUUAUAUUGUGUUUUACCCCAUUGACCGUUUAGGUUUUCCAUUCGAACCCACUAGUGGGCCAACGCUUUUCCAUCAAUUUGUUAACAGAGGUCUGGAGACGAUGCAUCCCACUAUUCAAAAAGACACUACUUUCACUAAGAUAUUUGUCGGCGGUUUACCUUAUCAUACCAACGAUGCAUCCCUUCGAAAAUACUUCGAGAUGUUCGGGGAUAUUGACGAGGCCGUUGUGAUAACUGACAGACAAACUGGGAAAUCCCGAGGAUAUGGCUUUGUGACUAUGAUUGACAGGGGGGCGGCAGAGCAAGCAUGUAAAGACCCCAACCCCGUCGUCGACGGUAGGAAGACUAACGUCAACCUGGCCUACCUGGGAGCCAAGCCCCGAAGCCCACAGACAGGUUUCUCCAUCAAAGUGCAGCAGGUCCACCCCGCCCUGAUCCAGAGGCAGUAUGGAUUGGCCCAGCAGUAUAUGUACCCCCAGGCCUUCCUCCAGCCCAGCCUGGUGCUCCAGUCCCAUCUCAGCCCCUCUCAGGCCUCCCUCACUUCCCCAUAUCUGGAUUACAGCUCAGCCUAUGUCCCCUACACCCCCUCCCCCUCCGCUAGAUACCUCAGCUACCACUACUCCCCCGCCACACCUGGUCCCACCAUUUCCGCCCCCCUUACCCCACCCACGCCCAUCCACCCCUCCCUCAACACUUUUGCUGGCCUCUCUGUCCCCCCUGCUGCCUGCCUCCAAUACACCCUCCACCAGCCUGACCACAUGCAGUGAGGUCGGGCCUGGGAGAGGGAGGUGUGGUGAUGUGGGGUGAGGGUGACCGAAGAGGGGCACUGAUGACAACAUGUAUGGAGACUUGGAACAGGAUGCUUAUUGAGCUCUGACCUGUGACAUCAUCAGUACGAGACUCCUGACAACCGAUGAGAGAGUGGGGUCAGAAUCCAAAGGGCUUUGUGAAAACAGAACAAAACACACUGGGACGUCGUCCUGUUUUUCUAUUAGAGUUAUUAUCCAUUAUUGUUUUCUUAGUUGUUACUAUGCUACUAUUGCUGCUGUCGCCAACGUUUAUAUGAAUGUUUUUAGCUAAUGAUGGAAGUAAGAGCUCUCCCUGUGUCCAAUGCCAAACAUGAUGGAGUCAAUGGAACAUGAGAACUGAAAGAGGGGAAUUAAUGAUUCUGAAGGUUGGGCGAAGAUGGGUUGGGUAGCCAUUAUAUUUAACUAGAUACUCCGCCUCACUCUUCUAGAAGUAGUACUGAACGUUUCACUAGCGAGGUGAGAGAGGCAGCAUCCUCUUCUGGACGUUCUUCGGGAAUACCUUUCUCUACGUGGCCUUAUAACCUCUCUCUACGUUCUAUCUAUUCUUUACAUUUCAGUCUGUCUGUCAGAUUGUUUGUCUGGCCGUCUGUCCAUCGGCUCUCUUUCCAUUUUCCAUGUCCUCCAUGAUUGCAAGUAAAUUAUUGCAGAUUGAGAAUCACACUUUCACUAAAUAUGCAAUUAUUAUUCUAAUGGAGUAUGGGAUGAAUAUGUAUAAGGUAGACAACACUGUAACAUAUGCUUUUUAUAUCAUUGUUACUCUAACAUAAUCAUGUCAAGGCAGAAUUGUGUAAAGAAGGUAUUUCCAUAUUCAUGUUUAUCAUCAUUAGAGACCUGCAGCAGCUGGGGUAACUGACUAUCUCAGUAUUGUUUAAAGUAAGCAGAGGAAGAAACUACAGGCUAAUGGAGGCUGAAUGGAGGAUGUACUAUUUGGUAUUGGAAUAGUAAUGUUAUAACAAUCGAAGAGUUGUCCAUCAGGUAAAGUGAGUUGAUCUCUGCUAGAACCUUCAUGUCCAUGCUUGACUGACUGAUGCUAUGGGCUAUACUCAUACAGUGUGUAUGUGUGUGUGUAUACGUAAAAUGUAUGCACGCAUGACUAAGUCGCUUUGGAUAAAAGCAUCAGC